UGCUUUCAGAUCAGCACACAGAAGAGAAGCAAGCGAAGUUGACAUUUUCUAGACAAACAAAUCGAUAUUUUAAAAGUUACUCAAAGCAGCAGAAAAAUCUUUAACGCAAUUUUGUAUUUAUUUUUAACUUAUAUAGUAUUAAAAAUAUAUAUAGUUACGAAUUUACAAGUUAACAAUAUUAGCGAAAAAGCAGAUCAUCCUAAAAUAUGAAUAACAAAGCGAACAAUGGUUAUCCAUACGAUGCGGCCCAAUCAGCAGCGUACCAACAAUAUGUGAACAGCCAAAUUCCAGCUCACGCACAGAUUCCCCCAUCCUACAACUCGGUGGUAACGAGCAUGACACCAGCCGGUUAUCCGCCCUAUCCACCGGGGAUGGUUCAGCAACCGUUCUACACCAACAGCUGGAGUAUGAAUCCGUCCGCGCCACAGGCCGCCCCGAUGCAAUUUGCUCACUCUCAUCUUCCACCGCCACCACCGUACGCAGCGGCUACCCAGUCGAUGUCCGGUAUUCCUUCGCAGACCGUGCACCCAACGAUGUAUCAGUAUUCGAUCGCAACUCAACCGCAAGCACAGCCACAACAAGUGUAUCAGACCCCCAUAUAUCCCAUACAGGGAGCAAUAUAUGAUGCGGGUGCACGUUUCGGAAAAACGGGCGGUUCUGCCACUAUUCCGCCUCCACCGCCGGGAAUCGCUCCAACUGCGGCCCAGAUUGCCGCUAUGCAAGGUCAGCAGGUAGCGAUGACGAAGAAGAAAAACAAUUUCGUUCACGGAGGUAAUGGAGCUGGAUUUACGUUUUGGUAAAUUCCUGUGCGCACAACAUGCGUUUAUUGACCCACACGCGAAUAUUAGUUACUAAGUGAAACAAAUCCAAAAAACCAGUGAUUUAAAUUUCGUCAUUAUUAUUUGGUGAUGCAAGCUGCCAUUUGAGAGCCGUCGGUAUGUUCCAAUUUAGUUGUAAUAUUUAGUUUUCUUGUUUUAUUUGUUGUUUACUACCGUGGCGUGAUUAAGCCUGCUCAUCACUUGAAGACGAAAUAUAACACACACAAAAUUAACAUACAUUUGAGAACUAAAACGAAGCGAAUUGUAACGAAUUGGAAGUUAGCGAAACGAAACAAAUAUAUUACUACAAAAGUGUUAUUAAAUAAUUAUUAAUCGCGGUGAGGCACAAAGGCCGUAGAGUUUUGACCCGUUGCAUCGUACCAGUUUAACGGAACGCAACAGUAAUCAAUUAAAUUGAAUAAUAUAGGUAAUUAUUAUUCACAUUAUACUAGAAACAGCCCAUUAUAGGCUGACCGAUACCUAUAUUAAACGAAUGAGUUACAAAUAAACACAAAAAACACAUUAAACAGAUAGAAGAAAUUGCGAUUUCAACUAGUCGCAUAAGACAAGGGAUACACAAAUCACAAAUUAGUUUAGACAAAACGACGAAGGAGCAAACAAUAUUUGUAUUACCAUCAAAAAUGGAAAGUAACAAUAGGGUCUGAAUAACAGGUGCAAACCAUACAGAAUGCCAUAAGAACUGCAGGUACACACAUAUAAAUAUAUAACAGUUUCCACAGUGCAGUUUCUGCUUUGUUUACACAUAAAACACCUGUGAGCAUAUUCCUCAACAAUAUAGAAAAUAGAAAAUGCUAAUGCGAUUAUCA